AUGUCCGAGCAGGAGAUAUCGUCAUCGCCCGAAUUCUCCCCUCUUGCCUUUGGCGAGGACCUGGCACCGCUACCGGAAUACAAGGAAGCGGGAACCACACAAGUGGAUUUUUCAGGACUCCUUGACGAGCCCCUCAAGCUCCACGAAGACCUCAAGUCGGGAUGCGGAGGCCAACUUUGGCCCGCCGGCAUGGUGCUGGCAAAGCACAUGCUGCGUUACCAACGAGACAAGCUGCAACCUGCUAGGAUACUCGAGCUUGGCGCUGGCGGCGGGGUUGUCGGACUCACCAUAGCAAAAGGUUGCGUCAACCUUGACCACCCGCUGUACCUCACAGACAUUCUUGAGAUGGAGCCGCUGAUGCAGCACAACAUCUCAUUGAACGGACUCGAUGAUCGGGUGAAAGCCAGGGUGCUUAAAUGGGGCGAGCCGCUUUCGCAGGAAGUCCUCCAGUUCAAGCCCGAUAUCAUCCUCGCAGCCGAUUGCGUUUACUUCGAGCCAGCGUUUCCCCUGUUGAUGCAGACUUUGCAAGAUCUGCUAGCCCUGACACCCUCCGCCACCGUCUUCUUCUGCUUCAAGAAAAGACGGCGGGCCGAUAUGCAGUUCAUCAAGGCCGCCAAGAAGGCUUUCACCGUGACUGAGAUUGAGGACGAGGAUCGGCCUGUGUUUAGCAGAAGUAGCCUGUUCCUCUAUGCCUUUACCCAUAAGCAGUGA